GGUGGCUGCAGCCGAGCCGACAUCUUGUUGUACGGUGUGCGGAGGGGCUUGGUCAUGGUUAUCUGCUGCGCGGCGCCGAAUUGCACCAAUCGGCAAGGAAAGGGCAGCAGGGGCCGCGUGUCUUUCCACAGGUGAAGGGGGGGAACGGGUUUUUCUUGCCGCUUUUAACUUCACCCACAGAACUUGCCUAGCUAGUGGGCGUGGCUUGUUAGCAAAAGGGGCGUGGGUAUGUUCCCAGUCCAAUCACUGUCAGUUACGUCAUUUGUGGGCGUGGCCAAUGUAUUUCAAAACCUGUCAAGUAAUGCUCUUUGUAGUUAUUCCAGUGCCAGGAUGUUCAGGGUUUACAUGACAUUUAUUAAACUGGAGUAAAUGUUUAACUAUAAAAAGGGUUGUUGUUUUUUUUAUGAAAAGUGAUGCAAGCAUUGAAAAUGGGGAAUAAUCACCAAUUUAAUGUGCCUGCUGGUUCGACUGGUUUCCAUAGUGAUUGCCCUACUUUUUUUGUACUGUAGGCCACUUUCCUUAAAGUUACACUUUUUAUAAAUGACCCCUUUAGUUUAACUGAGCCAUUUUGUUUAUGGGUACUGUUGAAGUGUGUGUUUUGUCAGGCAGGUUCUUGCAGUAUGCAGCAUUCAUGUGCUCCCAGGCUGAAGUUGAUUACCACUAACAGUCCGGAUCCUGAACAAGGCGCCGUGGUUAGAUAAUCAGGCUGACAUUCUGGUUUACAGACAGGAAACAAAAUAUCCUAUCUAAACUCUCUCAGUCCUAAGGGACUCUAUAGGCACCUUUGUUUUAACCCUGCAUUGGAAAACUGCCGUUCUAGUGACCGCGCUUCCGCCAAAAUGGUGGAGUAAAACUCAACUGUUUCAAUCAUAUGCUUUCAGAGCAACCAUCUAAUUGGUCCACCCUCCCAGUGGUUUUCCUAUGGGAAAGCAUUGGAUUGGCUGAGAUCAUCUUUUUUGAUGAUAUCAGCGGAACAAAAGGAGGAGCAAAACACCAGAGAUCAGUGCUGAGAGAAUGAGGUAAAAUCACCUUUUUAACCCUGAAUGGUGACUAGGGCACUCUUGAGUUAGGAAUACACCUUUUUAUUCCUAAAGCUACUUCAUGUACUUUUGUCUCUCACCAUUUGUACCUCCUGUGUCUCUCCCUAAUACUCUCCUUCUGUAUCUCUACACAUUAACCACCCAUGUGCCUGUUUUCCUCUCCUUUAUGUAAAUACUAAAUUCUGCAUUAUAUUUAUCUUUGUGCUUCCAUCAAUGGUGUAACUAACAGUCAUAGGGGUCGCAGCUGUGACCAGGCCUAUCACUUCAGGGGGUCCAGCUGCCCAUCGACCCCUGCAAUCAUGAGCUGGCAUCACUUUAGGACCACACCGGUCUUCGGCGCAGGUCACUGUAUGUAGUGUGGCUGAGCGGACUGCGGUCUGACAGGCAGUACUCACUGUUGUCUGCUCGGCAAAGCUACCAUGAGGUGAGCAGGUACAGGAGGGAGAGAGACAUGGAGGGGGUAGGGGUGAGAGAAACACAUGGAGGAAUUGUGGAAGAGAGACAUGGAUGGGGUGGGAAAAUACAUGGAGGAAUUAGGGGAGAGACACAUGGGUGGGUGUAAGAGACACAUUGGGGGCUGGGGGUGUGGGAGAGACACAUGGAGGGGCUGGAGCGGUAGGAGAGACGUAUGGUGUGUUGGACGAGAGACACAUGGAGGGUCUGGGGGAGAGACACAUGGGGGGUGAAUAAAACACAUAGGGAGGGUGGAAGAGACACAUGGAGGUGUUGGGAGUUUAUGAGACACAUGGAGGGUCUGGUGUGGGAUGACACAUGGAAGGGCUCGGGGGGGUGAGACACAUCGAGGGGCUAAGGGGGAAGAAUGAGACAUGGAGGGGCUGGAUCGGUGGGAGAGAUGUAUGGUGUGUUGGGCAAGAGACACAUAUGGAGGUGUUGGGAGUUUAUGAGACACGUGGGAUGAGACACAUGGAUCGGCUAAGGGGGAAGAAUGAGACAUAUGGAGGGUGUGGGGUGGGAGAUACACAUGGACAGGUUGGGAUGAAACACAGGCGGGGGGGCAGGGACAUGGGGUGCCCCAGGGCAAUUUUCACACCAGGUCUUGUGGUUUCUAAUUAUGCCUCUGGCUUCCACCAAACAUCAUCCACUUCAGAAUUAUUUUCCUAUAUACAUUUUUUUUUAAAAUAAAAUUUACAGACGUCUUCACAUUCUACUAUGUGGCGGAGAAAAUAUCUAUUCUCCUGCUCCUGUUCUGCGGUUGGAUUUUGUGUGAUGUGGUAUUGUGAGCAUGGAAUACAUUCCUACUAAAAUAUUUAAGCUGUGGGCACUUAGAUGCAUUUGUAUUUAAUUAGCUCUACUUCUUCCUUGUGUUCAGGAUGUAAGAAUUAAUUUUGUGGGCUUCUUCUCACACUGCCUGUAUACUAGUAUGUGCAUCGGGCUGUUAUUAAGAUUGCCUGGUAAAAUCAAUAGAAUGUGUUAUUCUUUGUAUGUGAAGUUAUGCAUACGGACAGUGCUGUCCCUUGGGAGCUCUUCAGGGAUUCCUUGUGCUUCAUGUCCUUCAAGCAGAUUCAGUGUGACAUUUCUCCUGCACCUUCCUCUGUGUGUACACCUUGGUUUUUAUUUGUUUGGUUGUUUUUGGUGUUUUGUUAUCUUUUAAAUCUGUUUUUUAAGAUGACUGUAGUAAAUGUUUAAGAUUCAGAAUUACUUAUCAGGAAUCCAUUUGGAGCUCAUUACCACAUGGUUUUAAAGGAGGAUUAUGGGCAUCAUAAUGUAGUGGUUAUGGUUCCAUUAGGCCAUGGUUGCCAUCCCACUGUUCUCGACUAAAAAGUUUUUGAGUAAAUUGUUAAAUAAAAAAAUGUAUGUCCCAGGCCCUCACCCUCAGUAUUGCUUAUGCAAUAGUCUUACUUCCAUAAUGUAAUCCUAUUUUAACAGCGUUGUUUGGCGACGCAGGUCAUGUGAUGUUUUAGACUGAAAUAGUCAAGCCAUUAUGGUAGCAAAGUUAGAGAUUUUUUUUUCUAAAUCUACUACUGUUACCUAAAUUUUGCCAUUUGGAUUUCAAUUCACUACAAUUUACAUUAAGUGAACAAUAAAAACACACGGUGAAAAAAUAAAUGAAUAAACACUGGUGCUACAAUCACCUUAGUGGGCCACAAUAACCACUACAAUAAACAUAAGUGAAAAUAUAAGAAAUGGUGAGAGCACUCAAAUAAAAUUACAAUAAAAUUAUACCCAUUGGUUAAUACAUUUCGAACCUUGAUCCCUCAGAACUACUUCCGGGUUUCGCAGUUCGGAACUUCUGCCUCCGGAGGCAUGUUUUCCAAGUCAUAGCACAACAUGGUCAUAAUUUAAAAUACAUCAUUGACUUAUUUUUUUGCCAAACAGUAAUAUUCAUACCCUGAAACACUGGGAAAACAUUAUGCAGGCAAUAUGAUAAAAAAACAGGGUACACCUGGUAAAGAAUGCAGUAAUGGUUAUGGUGUGGGGUUCAUGCUGUUUCUUUUCUGUUCUUGGUACAAUGUUAAAAUUUUACCUGUGCUUGUAUAAAAAAAAUUAAUGUUUUUUGGGGUAUUUUUUUUUUUUUUUCUAUAUUGCAGUAAUUGUUCCUCUUGAUGUUUUUUAUAAUUUCUUCUUUCCCACAGAUUUCCUUUAAAAGACCCGGCUCGUCUUGCUACCUGGACAGUUGCCCUGCAGCGCAGCAAUUGGACCCCCGGCCCUUACUCUUUCCUUUGCAGCGAUCACUUCAGCUCCGACAGCUUUGUAUCGCGUAUGCCUGAUCAGAUCCCGCUUCUCAAACCCAAUGCCGUGCCAUCCGUCUUCCUUAACAGCAAGGCAAGCAAAAAGAAAUCGGUUACAAGAUCACACGGCAAAGGCGUACCAGUUGUAAAAAAGAAAUCUGUGCAAAAAACUCCUUUACCCACAAUACAGGAUCAGGCGGCUCUUAUGCUCCCUGGUGAGGACAUUGUGACUGAAGGUAUAUACCAAACUGACAUCUUUGAUAGUAAUGACCUGAAAGAUCAAAGUAGCCUUCUUAUGUCUGGUGUGUCAUCAAAUAGACCCUCGGCUGGUAAAUUUAUCUCUUCUUUGCACUCCUAUAGCAGGACAACUGUAUCCUCUGCCCCACAAAAAUCAGGAUCUAAUGCCAAACCUGAAGGCUAUAAAAUAGAUAUAGGAAGGACAGAACAUGCAUGCAAUGAACAUUCUUCAUCGGAAAACAGCAAAGAUUAUGCUGAGAUCGGGGGUGUCUUCUCAUCUGAUGUGCCAGAGUCUGUGGACCAUGUAAAGGUGGAACAUGACCAUUCCUUGAGGUUGAAGUCAAUGGUUCCACUUUCCCUUCAACAAAAUGAAUCUCAUUGUGAAACGUCAGACAUGUUAUCACUGGUAGAUGCAGAUCAACCCUGUUAUUUUAAAGGUUUAAAAGACUGCUUCAUUACACAAGAACAGGAUCUAUUAAUGCCACAUGCAAUUAAUUCCCUUCAUUCAUACUGCUCCCCAUCCAAAUCUUUGUCCGGCAAACAACAGGAGAUUAAGGAGAAGACCUGGGCAGAUGGCGGGAAGUACAGUGACAUGCCUGCCCUACUCAUGCAAGGUAUGUAUUAUACAAACACCAGUAAUUGUGCAGUCUGUAUAUGCAUGUAGCACGCAGAUGCUUUUUUCCUAAAGUUGGAAUAUUAGGGGAGAACCAUUUUGCAAGUUCCCCUUGAAAUAAUUGUUCCUAUACAACCUUUUUUUUCUUUUCAUUAGUCCUGCUUUAUUAAAGGACUACUCUAACGUUUUGGUUUUUUUUAAACCGUUUAUUAGAUAUACCCGCAAUGAAAACACGCAUGUAUUUAUUGCUGCAUUUGUUCAUUGUGGUAUAUGUAAAACAGCUUGCAGAGGCUGUAGUUCUGCUUUCUGCAGUCUUUGCAAGCCAUCCUUCUUUUUUACCCAGCACAGAUUUUCACUCUGUGCUGAAGAAUACUCCAAUUAUAGGUCUUUCAUUUAGAAGCCUCUGAUUUUUAGUCGUGGGCAUGGAUGAGCACGUGUGUUUGUGGCUUUCAGCUCAAAGUCUCCAGGCUAAAAGACAGGGAGUCAGCGAACAGGGCUGUUGUGGGCACUAUAGGUGUACACAAACAUGCGCCAACAGGCACACUUGUAUUUGAGGCAGAAGGCGGGGGGGGGGGGUUCCCCUGCCUCUCCGUGGCACUUUCUGAAAUGCGUUUUAAAAGUGCUGAUUUCAAAUAGAGAUACACACUAACAUAUAAAUAUAUUGUUUGUAGACAAUGUAUAAAGUCAGAUUAUAUUGAAAAUUAAAAUAAAUAAAAGACUUACCUGCACUGUGUAUAUCUAAAUAUUUACAUGAAUGCUGUAACGCUGUGGCAGAACAACUCCCUGUGUGGCUGUAACAGGGCCCUCAAGCGGCUGCUCCUUCCAUCACCCCACUGCUACUGGCUCCAUCCACUCCGUUUAAUAUCUUCUUUUCCCAUCAGUAGCCUUGUGCCAGACCCAGGAUGCAGCAGUCCACUGAGAAGUUUUCCAGCUUCCUGGUUGUAAGAUUACCUUUGUGUGGCUGCAGCAUCUCCCAUGGCUUUCAUCAUUCUUGUGCCUAUGCUGACGCUAAUCCCUUACUUCCUUCUGGAGUCACUUUUGAAUGAAUUCUAGUGUUGCUUUCAUGUAUAAUAAUAGUGACACAAAGCCUCUAUAGGUAUACUCCAGUCCGCCUCAUGAUCAUUGCCCUGAUUUGCUUCUGGUCCUAAUAGUGUGUUUAUACUGUGGUAUAAACUAUUCCCUGGUAUCCUUGUCUCUCGCUUACCUGAUCUCCGGUACCUGCUGACUCCAGUUUUUCUAUAACCUCUCUGUUACUCUAAGGACCGGUAGUACAUUUCUAUGUGUCUGCCCCUGGUGGUUUCAUAUUCUCUGUGUUGGGGUAAAUACCUUGACACUGCCAGGCCAGUGCGGCUCCUAUUUAACCCCUUCAGCAAAAUUGAUUAGGAAAAUCCAAUGAUGUUUAUAACACAGGUUUAAGUGUCUUUUAUAUAUUUUUAGGAAUUGCAUUCGGUUUCAUCCAACAGAGGGGAAACCUGCUGACAGUCAGCAAUCCCUUUAAGCACAUCCCCAUUAGUUAUCUCUGAAUAUAUGCAGAUCCCUAAUAGUUAUCUCUGAAUAAAAAACAUUCCUUUAGAAAUACAGACCUUUUUUAAUGUUUGAACUGGUUACCUACAAACCUUCUUUAUAUUUUUAUUUAACUUCCAGUCCUGCUUUAGUAGAAGGUAAGUAAAAUCUAAAGAAUGCAAUCAAGGUAAAGUACCACAUUUUUUAUAAAUAGAAGAGGAGAGUGGAAGAAAAAAAAAAACACAGAGCGAAUUAACUUGACUCUUAGCAUUUACAAUGCUUUGGAUCUAUUCCAAAAGCAGUGAAACCAGUUUCUCUAUGCAGUGACUGAGUAACUUAAAAAGGCACUAUGGUCACCCAGACCACCUCAUUGAAGUUGUUUGGGUGCAGUGUCCCAGUGCCACUUAGUCUUGCAAUGUAAAUCGUUGCAGUUUUAGAGAAACUGCAAUGAUUACAUUGCAGGACUAAGACUGGCUCUUGCGGCUGUCAAUCAGUGCCAAUAAGGGCACUUCCUGGUGGCUAACUGACUUUUGGUCACGUAACUGGACGUCCUCACUCUCUUGUAGCAAUGAUUUCUUAUGGGUAGGCCCUAACGUGAUUGCCACGCGUGUGCAUUAGCCCUCACUCCCCCCCCAUGAGAUGACUUCGGAGGAGGUGGAGUGCUGACCAAGCGCCGAGGCUCUGGAAUCGCUUAAAGGACCACUAUAGACACCCAGACCACUUCAGCUUAAUGAAGUGGUCUGGGUGCCAGGUCCAGCUAGGGUUAACCCUUUUUUCUAUAAACAUAGCAGUUUCAGAGAAACUGCUAUGUUUAUGUUAGGGUUAAUCCAGCCUCUAGUGGCUGUCUCAUCAGUGUAUAUAUAAUGAUAUAUAUUAAUUUAAGAAUACACUUAGAAUUAAAUUUUAAGAAAACACCAUAAAACCUGUACAUGGGGUGUGCUGUUGAGCUCGUGAGACUUCGCUGAACGCCAAGAUGAGUGUUUCAAAACAGUAAAACGUAUCAUGACAAAGAUUUCAUCAGUGCAAGUGCCGUUUGUGGAUGAAAAAUGCAAUAACAAAUAUUAACACUAACUUUGGCCAUGGUUUGUGACUAAGUGGCUACUAAAAAAGACUGGACAUACCCUAUUUUGAAUACCCUGGGUUGUAUACUUUUGCAAAUAAUAUUUUUUUUUUUCACUUUUUCUUUAUUUCCGAAAGUAAACGUGUAUGGGAUACAGAAAAAAGAAAUAGGUGGCAUUCAAUGCAUACACAAUAGGGUCAUCUAACAGUUCGUGCUAUUACACAUAUCAUUUUGUUCCUUGGUGUGAUGUCUGCAUUGUUCCUGGGGCGGUUUUAAUAAUAUGUGUAUUCCUGUAUUAUUUAAUCGGAUACGGGGCACUCUUGUUAUAGGUCGUUGGAAGGGUCGGUAUGCAACUAAGUUCGGCAACGGGCCGUGGGUGAGAGCAUGAAACAGGGGAAGGGGUAGGGGCUAGGGGUGUCCUGCCUCUUACAUCAACUUAAUAUAGUAGUGAGUGUGCCUUGAGCGGUGUCUACCAAGGUGACUCAAAUUGGGGCUGUAGGUCGCCAACAUGCCUGGGUCUUCGGUGCGUUACUCUAAGGGCAUCUAAGUUCCCUGCACUUCCAAGGGUUUCUCCCAGUAUUCCGUCCAGGGGCUCCAUCUUUGGAGAUGUAUGUGUCUUUUCCCCAACAUUGACCAGUGUAUAUCUUCCAUGCCUCUUGUGUGAUCUACCCUCUGUAUCCACUGUUCUUUGGUAGGUGCGGUGGUGGUCCGCCAAUUUAGGGGGAUAAGAGCAUUGGCUUCCCCUAGUAGGAGUUGUAGUAAUUGUUGUUUAUGGGACUCUGGGAAUGUGCGGGGCCAACCUAGUAGGAUCUGUGAUGGGGAUAGGUGUGAUGGUGGUUUUAGUAUUUCUGUGAUGGUUGAGAGUAUGAGAGACCAGAAUCCCUGGAUAUCUCUGCAGCUCCACCAUAUGUGUUCCAUGUCGCCGCGGCCAUUGGAGCAUCUCCAGCACGAGCCGCUGAUGGACGGCCAGAUUGAGUGCAACUUAUCUGGGGUUCUGUACCAUCGGGUGACCCUUUUAUAAAAUGCUUCCUUGUGUGCUACGCUAAGCGGGGUUUUGAUGCCUGUUUCUAAGAUGUUCGACCAGUCUUUGUCAGAAAUGUGUAUACGGAGGUCUUUCAUCCAUUUCUGUUGGAAUGAUAAGGUUGUGGGUUCCCUUCCGGUGUCUUGCAAAAUGUGGUAUAUUUUGGAUAAGGGGCGUUUUGGGUCCCCCUCUGGGCCGCAAAGGGUCUCAAAGUGUGUGUCUGCUCUCUGCCUCCAGUGGGGUAGGACCGAUCUUCUCAGGAAGGCCUUAAGUUGUGCUCUUCCUAUUACCUCAAGGAGUGUGUCUUGCCUAAGUGGGUUGUUUAUAGCCUGUAUAAUGGGUGGGUUGCCCCCAAUCAGUUCUGUUAUCUUUGGGGUGGGGGAGUCUAAGAGGCGGGUAAGGAGUGGGCCCCCGUGGAAAUCAGGAUUGGCCGCUAUAGGGAAAAACCGCGAUAUGCCGGGUGAUAGUCCCCAUAUGUCUUUAUACUUUCUCCAUAUAGUCAGGAUGUUAUGUAUUAAUGGAUGUUUCGUAGGGGUGUGCGCUGUGGGGUGGCAGGUUUGCCAGGGCAGGGAGUGUAAUGGGACAGAGACAUUUGGUUAGUCCCCAUAUGUCUUUAUACUUUCUCCAUAUAGUCAGGAUGUUAUGUAUUAAUGGAUGUUUCGUAGGGGUGUGCGCUGUGGGGUGGCAGGUUUGCCAGGGCAGGGAGUGUAAUGGGACAGAGACAAAGCUUUGUUCCAGGGAGUACCACGAUUUGGUCCUGGCGGUGUCGGUCCACUCUUUUAAUCGGGUAAGCAGCACCGCUAUAUAAUAUUUGUAGAGGUUGGGUAAGCCCAGUCCGCCUCUGCCUGCAGAGGAGGUCAAUGUAGUGUAGGCAAUUCUCGCUGGUUUAUUGCCCCAUAUGUAUUUGGUAAAGCAUGUGCGUGUUUGCGCGAAGAAUGUACUCGGGAGUGGGAUAGGCAGUGCCUGGAAGAGGUAUAGUAGUUUCGGGAGGACCAUCAUCUUGAUGAUGCUGAUCCGCCCUAUCAAAGAGAAGUGGGGUAGAUCCCAUUUUAGGAGGUCCCGUUUGAUGCCGUCUAGGAGGGGGGGAUAAUUAAGUCUGUAUUGGCUGCUUGUGGAACAAGCUAGUUUUAUACCCAAGUAGGUCAGUCCUGUCCUAGCCCAGGGGAACGGGUGUAGCCUUUGGAGUCGUGUUUGUAGGGUUGGGGGGACUGAGAUCCCCAGAAUCUCACACUUAUCUGUGUUAAUCUUAAAAUUCGAGAGGGCGCUAAAGGUUUGUAUCUCUGAGUUGAUUCGUGGUAGUGUGAUGGUGGGGUCUGUGAUUGAGAAAAGGAUGUCGUCCGCGAAGGCUGACACCUUCACUUCCCCUCCUCGGUGGUGGUAGCCCUUUAUUUCACCGUGUUUCCUGAUUGCAUUCAGGAAAGGUUCCAUAGCCAAAACAAAUAAGAGGGGCGACAGAGGGCAGCCCUGUCGUGUGCCGUUGCUUAUUGGAAACGGGGUGGAGAAUUGUCCAUUUAUCCUGACGGUUGCCGAGGAUCCCCUAUAUAGGGCUUGAAUCCAAUUGCGUAGUCUAGGGCCCACUCCCAAGGCCUCCAAGACCCUGAACAGGUAUGUCCAGUCUACCCUGUCAAAGGCCUUUUCGGCGUCUAUUGCCAUCAGCAGGGUCGGUGUCCUGGUCACCUGCGCUCCAUGAAUGACAUUUAGGAUUUUCGUGGUGUUGUCCCUAGCCUCGCGACCUGGCACGAAGCCCGCCUGGUCAGGGUGGACCAGGCUGGGUAGAAGAGGCUUGAGUCUAUUGGCGAUCAUUUUCGCCAUUAGUUUUAGGUCUAGGUUUAUGAGCGAUAUGGGUCGAUAGCUACCGCAUCUUGUGGGAUCCUUGCCUGGCUUGGGGAUGAUGGUAAUGGAUGCCCGUAGCAUCGGGGGUGGCAGUGUGGAGUCGAGUGCGAGGCCAUUCAGCGUGUGUAGGAAGUGGGGUGCUAGCUCUUGUUUUAGGGUUCGGUAGUAUCUGGCUGUCAGUCCGUCUGGACCAGGGCUUUUACCGUUCGGGAGUGUUUUGAUUGUGGAGAGGAGUUCUGCGUGUGUAAAAGGUUCGUCCAGUGUAUGGAUCUGGUCUACUGGGAUCCUGCAAGAUAUGUUGUCAGAAAUGUAGUUCCACAGGGUAUGUGGUUGUGUCGUCGGUGGGGUCAAGUUAUAAAGAUCAGCGUAAAAAGUGGUGAACGCCUUAGCUAUGUCUUCCGUGGUGUCGUGCUGUCUGCCUGAGUCGCCCACUAUUUUAUUUAUGAAAGACUUUUGCUGUUUGGCUUUCAAGGCCCUAGCCAAAAGUUUCCCACUCCUAUUUCCUUGUGCGUAGAACGUCCCCCUUGUCAGUUGGAUAGAUCUGUAUGCCCUAGUAGUCAGGAGGGUUCGGAAUUCAAGUCGUAGGGCUGUUAAUUUUUGGAGGUUGUCGUUCGUGGGGUCUUGUUUAUGGCGGGUCUCCGCUGUUGUUAUAUCUGCCGUGAGCGCCUCUAGUUUGUGUGACCUUUCUUUUUUAAGUCGUGCGCCCCACUUAAUAAGUAUACCCCUGAUGACUCCCUUGUGGGCCUCCCACACCCAAGGAUCUGACACCUCAGUGCCACUAUUCUCCUUAAAGUAGGUCGCUACAGUCUGCCGUAGAUCCUCCAAUACUCUGUGGUCGUCUAGUAGGGUUUCGUUCAGGCGCCCCUGUGUAGUAGGCCUGGACCUAUCCUGUAGUGUGAGAGUUAAGAGGAUCGGGGCAUGAUCCAACCACGUAAUGUUGCCUAUGGAUGCGUCCUGGACCAUGGGGAGGUGUCUAUGGCUGACCAUGAACAUAUCUAUUCUGGAGUAGCUUUUAGCUGUCUGAGAGUAGUACGAAUAGUCUCUGCCUUGAGGGUGCAUGAUCCUCCAGCAGUCAGAUAAUUGGUGUGCGUGUAGCACGUUAGUGAACAUCCUCCUUUGAUGUCGUCUGGUGUCUGUAGUGGUGGAAGAGCUGUCGAUUGAAUGGUCAAGGACCAUAUUCCAGUCUCCGCCCACCACUACCACUCCCUCGGCAAAUGUCUCUAACUUUGUCAAACAUGAUCGUAUGUAGGAGGUCUGGUCUGCAUUAGGGAUAUUGGUAACUCUGGCUAGCAUCUAAGUGCCAUUGUACAUUCCUUUUACAAAGACAAAUCUGCCUCUGGGAUCAGUUCUAACUCCCAUUUCUGUGAAGGCGGCUGUGGAGGCUAUGAGUAUUGCAGCGCCUCUGGAUUUCUUUUGGGUGUUGUUACUGUAGUAUGCUAAGUUACUACAUUUAUAGUGGAUUCUUGGUUUGAACUCUCCCCUGAAAUGCGUCUCCUGCACGAAAAUUAUUUCGGCACCUCGUCUAUCGAUCUCCUGUGCUAGCAUUGUGCGUUUCAUGGGUGAAUUGAGACCCCUAACAUUUAGGGACAUCAGUUUGGUUUGAGUCAUGGUGGUAGGAACGAUGGUGAGAGUGUCUCAAAUAGGACAUGGGGAGCACCUGUCGGUAGUACCUUUAGUACGAUAGUAAUGGCAGGGGUGUUUGGUGGGAGGUGGACGGGGGAUAACUGUAAACUAUGUACAUUAAAACAGUAGAUGAGAGCCAUCUCUGGCGUUGAGAUUAGCGCUACACUUGUGGAUAACUCGCUGUGUCCACAAGUGGGGUUGUGGCGCCUCUCUGGGGGGUGGUGGCCGGAGCACCCGACCGGGUGUAUCAUAGGGGGGUGGGGGGGUCUCACAGGGCUUUGUAGAAGUGAUACAGCCUACCUCCUCUACCCUAGCCAGGGAGGUCAGAGGUGUGCGUCGGCUAGGGAGUAGAGUGUGUCCUGUGAGCCCGGCCGUUUGAGGCCCUGAUGGGAAAGUUAACCUUAUAUUUUCCUCGUGAAUUCUAGGGCCCGGUAACGGCAAUGUAACAUGUUAUUCAUAAAGGCAUAACCAAGUGUAACACAAUAUAACAUUUCAACAUUUGCAUCACAGUGGGAAAGUAAUGUCAGUCCAUUUACUGGGUGUACCGCAGUGGGUACUCGCAUGGGAGGAUUAAGAGAGAAAAUGGUAGAUAGGAAAAAGAGAGAGAGUCUGAUCAUACGACCGUGUACUGCUCAUGUCGGUGCUGCGUCUGCUCUGGGAUGGUUCUGUCUACGACGUUUUCGAGGGGACUUUUGCCACUUAGGAUUGUGCGGAGUCCGUCCCACUGAUGUGCCUCUCAGGCCCGUCCAAUCCUCCACCUCGGACGACGGUAGUUUCAAGGCUCUUUGGAAUUCAGGUAUGUCGUCUGGUGAGGUUAUAGUGUGCGUUUUGUUUUGGAGCGUAACUGUGAGAGCGAACGGGAAGCUCCAUCUGAAUUUGAUAUUUCUCUCGGACAGGGCCUGUGUGAUAGGUCGUAGUGCACGCCUAGCUUGCAGCGUGGAUGGCGCUAGGUCCUGGAAGACGAUCACCGGGUGUCCGUCGAUCUUGAUAUCCUUGUUCUGUCGGGCUUUGUGGAAGAUUUCUUCCUUUAGGGGGAAGUUAUGUAUGCGGCAAAUAAUGUCCCGUGGUUUAUCUGGAGGCAGGUUCCUAGGUCUGGUCGCUCUGUGGGCUCUAUCAAAUAAAAUGGCAGUGUCCAGUGGUCUGGUUAAAAUGCGGUUGAAAAGGGCUGUCAGAAGCUGCACAGGGUUUUCUGGGACCCCUUCUGCACUCUCAGGGACACCUCUCACCCUCAGGUUAUUCCUGCGUCCUCUGUUAUCUACAUCUUCAAGCUGUCUCUGCAGGUACCUGAUUGCCUCUGCGUGUGUCUCCUGGGUAGCAUAGGACUCAGCCCAUUGUUUUUCAGUAGUUUCUGCCUCUUCUUCCAGAGCCUGGACUCUGUCCCCUAGCAGCUGCACGUCUGCAUUAACAGCCUGUAGCUUCUCACUGAAGCUGUCCUCCAGUUUCUGAAAUAAGGCUGCCAGGUCGGUCUUGGAGGGUAGUUGGGUCAGCAAGGACCGUAUAUCUUGUUCCUCUGUGGGCUCAUCUGAUGCUGUUGGGCUCGGGGGCUGGCUGCCUCGCGUUUGUGCCGCGGGCGCCAUUUUGUCCCGUCUGUGUGCUUCCGUGUGAUCGCCGAAAAAGCGCCGCAGGGAGGUUUUGGCUGCCGGUGUUUCGGAGGCAGGAGCUUGCCCCGCGGUGCUGCGGUGUUUUUUGGAUGCCAUUGUUGUCAGUAAGUGCCGUUUGCCCCCCUGAUUACCCGGUCUGGGUCCGGAGCUUCGCGCUCAUGCGGCCAUGUCCGUCGGCUGUCAGGCCACGCCCCCUGCAAAUAAUAUUCAUGCGAAGGGUAAUUCUUAUUCCUGGGCUGUGAUACGGUCUCAAAGACAACAUAACCAAUCUUGCAAAUUUCAAUGUGUAAAAACAGAAAUGGGCAAGGCUUGACCCUGUAACUUUCCAAAACACCAUAAAACCUAUACAUGAUUGAACUCGUGAGACAUUACUCCUAUACUGUUGAACUCGUGAGACAUUACUCUACUCAAUAUAUGUGUUUUAGAGCAGAAAAUACUGACAAUAUCAUCAGUGAUAUGGCAGUUUAUUUGUAAAAAAAAUGCAACAACAAAAAACAAAUAUGAAUGCUAAAUUUGGCCAGUCUUUUUGACUAAGUGGAUACUAAAAAAGACUGGACAUUCCCCAUUUUGAAUACCUUGGGUUAUCUACUUUUGCAAAUGGUAUGCUAUGAUGAGGGUAAUUUUUAUUCCUGGGCUGCCAUUAGACCUACAGCAAUAUAGGCCCAGCAAACCAAUCUAUAUUUGACCUUGUAACUUUUCGAUACCCCAUAAAACCUGCAAAUCGUGGGUACUGUUAUAUUGGUGACGCAUCGCUGAACACAAAUGUGUGUAUUUUAUUGCAGUAAAAGCUAAGAAGGAAUUUCUUUCCUAGUUUGUUGUAAAAUUGGAAGUGCUUCACACUGGGUUUUUUUUUUAACCUUCUUUUGGAUCAACAGCAAAAAACAAAUGUGAGGAAGGCUGAACUUGAUGGACGCAAGUCUCUUUUCAGCUAUGUAACUAACAGUAUUAUGACAUUCCUGGUUAAUGUUCCACGCAGAACUAAGAAAAUAUUAAAAUUUCUUAAUUUUUCACAAUUUUAUACAUAUUACAUUUUAUCUUGUAUAUAAAUAUUUGAUGUGAAAUGAAAGUCCUAUAUCUCCUCAGUAAAAAUUUAUAUAAGAAAUGUGGGUGCACUUAAUAUGAAAGAGGUAAAUUUAUGAUUGAGCAGACAUAUAGCUCAAAUUCCAGGUUUUGUUUUGAUUAGAACUUGUACAAUUGGCUUUGUCCUUAAGUGGUUAAAGGGACACUCCACUGCCCAAAUACGGAAUAAAUAAAAAUCACUGUUUAGUAGGUAAACCCCAAAUGAAAACUUACAUGGUUAUAAUUAUGCAUUUUUAACUGGAGUUCUAGCUAUAAACAGCUUGCUACAACUGCAGUUCUCUUGUCUGCUGUCUUUGCAAGCCCUCCCCUUCUAACCCCGCCCAGACUUUAUGUAACUGUCCAAUCACAGACUUCCCAAUGCAGAUCAAUAAGGUGCUCAUGACAAUUGCUGCCCCUAGAAUUGAAGAUUAUGCUAGCGCAGUGUACUAAUAAUCUUAAUUUUAAUAAUGACAGAAUGCAAAUAUUUAGCAUUAACUUUCUUUACUAACUCCAUAGCAGCAAAGAAAAAAAUAGUUGAAAUAAAGAACCAAUCAGAGCGAGUCAGAGUAUAUAUAAGUCCAAGCAUGACCAAUCAUUUCCUCUUGACUAAUGCGACAUCACAAGUCAAUAAUGUAACAAAUAACAUGUCCGAUCCAGCUUGAUCCAACUUGAAACUGAUAAUGGAAUUGAGUCAUCCUAGUAAUCCAUAAGAUUUGUUAAACUAAAAGAAAAGAGAGACUAGUAUCAGUGAUACGGAAUCGACCGUAUGAAAACAUAAGUCUAUGAGUAUAUAUGUAAAUCCUUAUAAUGACUAAUCUGACUAACCAUAAAUGUUAUCAUAUAGAGUCAAUCCACAAUGAUAUAAACAUCAGCAAUCCAAACCAUAGUUCAUAUCAGUAUAAAUGUUUAAUCUUUAGAAUUAGACUAGUACCCAUUAAUUCUAAUUUACCUCAGAUUAGGGUCGGAAUGUCAAGUCGAAAAGGGGGGUAAAAUAUGUGCUAGCAUAAUCUUCAAUUUUACAACAUGACAGGAGGCUUCAUAUUUUGCAAUUUUAAUGCUUAGGUAGACGAGCGAACGCGGUGUUGAACAACAGACGGAAAUAGAAUGUCUGGAACGUCGGUUCGCGGGACCAGUCCGCCGCUAUUAAUAUGUCUGCUAGGGACGCACCCGCCAGAAAAAAAACAAUGAUGUUGUUGCCCCUCGCACAGAAUGUGCGUCAAAAGACGGGCCUAAACCGGUUAGGGAGAGGAUCCAUUGAUCAAUUUGGCCAGUGUUGUGACCGAAACCGAACCGUGAAGGUUAACAUAUGACACCCAUAGCUGUCAGUCUGUCUGUGGAUAACGUCUCUGCUGCCGCCACAAAUGCACGCCAGGCCUUGACCACACACAGUUGGGGGUCCCAGGUGAAGAACGUAUAGGAGAUCGAUGACGACUUACCUUCUUUGAAGGUUGACGAGAGGAAGUUCAUGAUCUUGGAAACAGGUGCAGUAAAGGGAUCCAGGUUCCAUCCCAUGCCCCAACUGGUCCAAGAUCGCCCUGCAGAUAAGUAGCUGUUCUGCACGAAUCAUGAUUAUGCAUGGGAGGCAGUAGACGAAGAUUUCCUUCUUCAAAUUCGCCAAUAUUUGUGAACGAGUCCCUCCCAAGUUGUUGAUGUACUGUACUGCAGAUAUGUUGUCCAACAAUUGGAUUGUCUUUUCGUUAGGUUGCGUAUAGCAAAAUGACCCCGCUAGUAGUUCGAGGCAGUUGAUAUGCAUCGAGAGUUUCCUGGGUUGUCCAUGUUCCUGCCGUGGAUGCCUCUCCACCAGUGGCGCCCCAUCCCAGUCGGCUCACGUCCGAUUCUGGUACGAAGUUCGGGUGGUUGCCGGAGAUGGCCCAACCGUUCCAUGCUUGCAUGCAGUUGUGCCAUCAUCCAAGUUCUUGGCACACAUCGUCCGUCAGCUGAACUGGUUGGUUAUACGUGGCGCUCCAUCGAAGGAAGUGGGCUCUCAACCGUUGCAUGGCACGAAAAAGCAGGGGCCUGGAAAUAUGGCUUGUCUUGGUGAGGAGGGUAGGCCAACGAUCUGCGCCGGUUUUCGGAGUGGAAUGGAGUCUAGCUUGAGUACUCUGCGGAUCUCUUUCCUGAUGGCCGUCGCUUUGGUCGACAGGAGUAUGCGAGACAUGGAGUUUAUCUCCAAGCUCAGGAAUUUAAUUUCUUGCAUGGGGUCAUUCCUGGUCUGGCUCUGUUGACGAUGAAACCUGGGGACUCCAACAAUUGUACCGUAUAGUCGGUAUGUUGUACGGCCAGUUCUCUCGUUCUGCAGACUAAGAGUAUGUCGUCCGGAUAAGUGAUACAUCUGAUCCCCUGCGUUUUGAUGUGUGUUACCCCUGAUCUCAACAUUUUGGUGAAGUACACUGGUGCGGAGUUUAGUCAAAGAGGGAGGCAAGUGAAUUGUCAUGGAAAGCCGUGCCGCAGUAACCGAAGGAAGGGGCGACUGACUUCGUGAAUUGGGAUCGACCGGUAUGUGUCCUUGAAAUCUAGACGUGUAAACCAGUCCCCUUCUUGAAGGAGGUCCCUUAGUAAGUGUAUGUCUACCAAAUUGAAGUGGCGGUAGGUCACCUGGGCGUUCCAAUCUUUUAAAUUUAUCACCAAUCUCUUGCAGGCGAGGAACAUGAUGCUGAAGAAGCCCCCUUGUUUGCAAAUGGGUUGUAUAGUGCCCUUCAUGCGUAGUUUGCGGAGCUCCACUUCUAUGAGGUGAGCGUCCGAAGUUGAGAGGUAAAAGGGACGAGGAGGGUACCUCUGCACGGGGAACAUUCGUAAUUCGAUGUGGUGCACAUUGACCUUCUGUAACACCCAUAGGAUCUGUAGUUUUGCCCAAUUCUGGGAACAAAGAGAAACACGGCCGGCAGUCGUGUUUAGUUGAGACAUUGAUAAGUGUUGGUCUCUUACCUGUGGGGACUCUUGCACGGGUAUAUGCGCGACCACCCCGUUGUCUGUCUGUGCCCCUUUGGUAGUAGGGGUAGUGUUGUCUAGAGCCGGUGUGCUGGUAAGUUUGUUGCGGGUAAACUGCUGUGGGUGUAUCUAUAGUUGAGGAAAAAGAGAGAGGAGCACUACCAAAAAAGUAUAUAGUUUAAAAUUUAACUUUUAAUAGUGAACGGAAUACAAAGUGAUCAUUUCACAUAUAGAGUCAUAUUUGGUCUAGAUAUAUAUAUAUCAAGACCCAAAAAGAUCAUAUGAGAAAGUAUAAGAUUAAAAACCCAAAAAGGACAGUGUCUAAAUGUCAGAAAUAUAAAUGACAGUUAGGGAUAAAUAGAUAGAAACUGUCUGCUAUGAUGGUACUAUUGCAAUGUAUCUAGUGUAUUUUAUAGUUAGUCAGACUUUGCAACCAAACAGAAAGCGUCUGCUGCUGUAGUUCAAUGUGUCCAAAGUAUAAUUGAUUAAACUUUGUGAAUAUAGAGAGACGGCGUCUGCUAUAAUGAUACUGUUGCAAUGUUUGUUACAGAAAACAGACUUUGCAAGUGGCAAGAGGAGCAUCUGCUACAAAAAUUCGUAAAGAAUACUUUCAAUGUGUCCAAAGUAUUCUUAGUCAAGCUUUGCAAAUAAAGAAAAAAACGUCUGCUACUGUAAAUUAUAAUGUUAUAAACGAAAAUAAAAUGAAAAUAAAAUGCUCUGGUGGUAUGACAGCUUAGACAGAGCUGUCUAAUUUAGCUACACAGCUGCAGUUAGGAUUGUAUAUAUAUAAUAUGAUGAUGUGCAAAAUACUACCUUCUAAAAAUAAUCCGUUCUAUAUAGACCACAAAGGUAGAUGUAGUAGGAAGAUAGAAAUAAAUCUGUGCCUUCGAGGGCACCUGUAGGAUAGAGAAACUAACUGCAAGCAAUUGAAAGAGAAAGAAAGAACGAAAAUUAUUGUAAUAAAUAACUGUGUUUACAAGGGCACUUCUCUACAAAAUAUAAUAGAUAAUAAAGCUAGCUAGCAAUUGAGCUCCAGAAUCGUAAAAUCGUAUUCUGUAAUGUCUUAUAAGCUGUCAAUCUGCUACGAGCCACAAAUAGUGCAAGCGGCUACACCCCUUGCCACAUUCUGUUUCCAUUUCUUCUUGUUUCUUUAAUCCCCUCUUGAGGGAUUUAGCCUAGUAGAGAGUGCCAGCAGUAUACUCAAGAUGCACCAGACGGAGGCGAGAUGGGGAGUGCAGCGGGAGGGGGCUGAAACUAGCGGUCGGGAGGGUAGACAGGCAACAGACAGCAGCAGCCCGAUAGCCAUGCACUUGAGGGUUUGAAACUACACUGGUGGUGCGAAGGAUGGAUGAGAGGGCACACAUAACAGUGGACAUAAAACUAGGCUUAUAUAUAGGGUAAAAACCGUGACGGACGGCGACAUAUCGUUUCGGAGCAACCCCACCUCUGGGUACUACCAUGGGGGAAAAGGUGCUUAGCUUACACCAUUGUAUGGGGCUUCUGCGCAAGCCAAUAUGCAUUCUCUAUGUCGCUUUUCUUGUCAUGCAAAAAUAAAGAAUUAAAAAAAAAAAAGUGGCAAUUUCUAUUGAAAUCUGCACUAUUUCUAAAAUGAAAAAAAAGAGGACACACUUUUAAAAUAUAAAGCUUUUUUUCCGCAGGCUAAAGUGCUUGUGGGGUUUGGAGUGCCCCUUUAAGGGGUUUACCAGAACCAAGGUUUUAUAAUAACAUGCAAUAAAGGGGAGUCUAGGGGCAGUAUCAUUAAUUAUCAAUCAAAUAUUGACAACCAUUAACUAACAUCAUGAGCAACUUGUGCAAACAGCAUGGUGAAGCAUAUAACAAAUCAUAGCUCUAGCAUUUAUCUAGGGGUUGUAAUAGGUGUGAUUUUCUUAGUAUAGGAGGGUGUAGAGGUAGGGUCUUUUUAGAAAAGGGAGGAGCAAAGAGGGUCAUGUGCCAAACUACGCAUGUGAUGUCCUUGCAAUGUUUAGGGCUGUUAGUCUUAUGAUUCAGUUGAACUGAAAUUUACCCUUUCAGUAUCCCAUUAAGGCAGACAAAGUUAUGACGUUGCCUGGCUUACAGUGUUGUGAGUUACAGUCCAUAGCAUGUACUCUUAAAGGACCACUAUAGUGCCCUGAGGGUGCCCCCACCCUCAGGGACCCCCUCCCGCCCAGCUCUGGAAAGGGGAAAAGGGGUUAAACUUACCUUUUUCCAGCGCUGGGCGGGGAGCUCUCCUCCAAUCCUCCUUCUCUCCUCCCCGUCGGCUGAAUGCGCACGCGCGGCAAGAGCUGCGCGCGCAUUCAGCCGGUCACAUAGGAAAGCAUUCAUAAUGCUUUCCUAUGGACGCUUGUGUGCUCUCACUGUGAAAAUCACAGUGAGAAGCACGCAAGCGCCUCUAGUGGCUGUCAAUGAGACAGCCACUAGAGGAAAUAGGGGAAGGCUUAACCCAUUCAUAAACAUAGCAGUUUCUCUGAAACUGCUAUGUUUAUGAAAAAAUGGGUUAACCCUAGCUGGACCUGGCACCCGGACCACUUCAUUAAGCUGAAGUGGUCUGGGUGCCUAGAGUGGUCCUUUAAGGCCUCUCAACAGAAAGACUUUCAACAAAGAUAAACUCAACUCUGAGCUGAUAAGCAUUAUUUUAUCUGCAUUUUUUUAAAAAUGAAUAAUUGUGAUUGCUAUCAUAUAACUGUUUAGCAGGGACAGUUAGAAUUUUUAACAGCAAUUUAAAUAUAUACAGGAAUGUCCAACAUUUAGCCUCCAGCUGUUUUGGAUGGACAUUUCCCAGAAUUGUACAGUAUAUUGAUAUAUAUGGUAGAUACAUAGAUACUUUUUCUCAAAUGAGCAGGUUCCUUUUUUUGAUAAUGCUUCCAUCUAGAUGUUCUCUCUAAAAGACAGGUUUUCAUAAUGGAAAAAGCCAUAAGAGACAGAUGCUUUUUCCUAUAUAUUAUUUAUAUUAAAGGGACUCUCCAGUGCCAGGAAAACAAUUUGUUUUCCUGGCACUGCAGGUCCCCUUUCCCUCCCACCACCCAUCCCCGGUUGGUGAAGAGGUGAAAACCCCUUCAGUGACUUACCUGAGACCCCCGCCGAGUGACAGUCCCUCGGCGGUGGUUUUGGGUCGCCGCCGCUCCCCCCCUUCAUCACGUCAGCCGGCAGGGGAGAUUGAACCCGCCCACCGGCUGAGGAGCCCUAAUGCGCAUGCGCAGCAAUGCCGUGCAUGUGCAUUAGAGCUCUCCAUAGGAAAGCAUUGAAAAUGCUUUUCAAUGCUUUCCUAUGGGGAAUUGAGCAACGCUGGGGGUCCUCACACAGCGUGAGGACGUCCAGCAAUGCUCUAGCACAGAAAACCUGUGCUAUGAAGCAGGAAGUGUGUAGUGUAGACAGACACUAGAGGAGGAGUUAACCCUGCAAGGUAAUUAUUGCAGUUUAUGAUAACUGCAAUAAUUAUAGUUGCAGGGUUAAGGGUAGUGGGAGUUAGCAUCCAAUGGGCAGAAGUGGUCUGGGUGCCUGGAGUGUCCCUUUAAUUUGUUACUACCACUUUUAAAUGUGUUUAGCUGCACAUAAAUAUUUGCAGUUUCAGCUGUGAGCUAUGUGUCCUAGCUAUUAUAAUAUAUAGAACUGCUGCAAAAUUGUUGCUUAGUCUGUUUACAAUUACCCCUACACAAUCUGUCACAUUCUGUGUAAAUAAGUGAUUUUAUGAGAUCAGGUGAACGGCAUGUUAUUCUCUCUAGGAACCUGUCACUGCAUUCCAGAGAGUAACAUGAAACUAUAUAUCCCACAAGGCAUUGUGUGUGUGACCUUCCUUCCUGCCUUCUGCAAGCAGGGAAGGAAAAUGUCCAGUGCAGUAGAUUCAGGUACUGUCUGUCUCUGCAAACUAUCGCAAUUAUAGAGGAGUAGAUGCUGUAAUGUGAUUUUCUUUUUUGUGUGCACAUUUGUGCAGUUAUUUCUGCCUGUUAAACAUGGACUAGCCUGUGGUUACAAGGAAGUAAAAAUCAAGGAAUCCUGAUAUUUAUGGUUUUGUGUUCAUGUUAAAGAGACAGUCUAAGCACCAUGAAAACUUCAUGUUAAUUAAGUAAUUUGGGGGUGUAGAUGCUGCCCCUGUAGCCUUGCUGCUGUUAACUGUAGUUUUUGAGACACUGUUUUCACUUUGCAGGCUGUCAGACAGACCUCCGGUAGGUGCUUCUAAUGAUUUGCUUAUUAAAUCUAUUUGACAUUUACUGUGUGCGCAUCCAGUGCUUCUUGUUUAGAAGCAUUGGUUUCAAGGCUUAUACACAAUCAUUGGAUUGGAGAAUUGCAGCAUUUACCACACAUGCGCCGUGUGUCCCAAAUCCUUCUCUUGUUAGCAAUGGAGGAGGAACAAGCUGUAUUGAGGAAUGUGUUCUUGCACUGGAAAAUGGUUAUUUUAAUGGGUUUGUUAAUUUACUUUUAAUUAAAAGGACCACUAUAGGCACCCAGACCACUUCAGCUUAAUGAAGUGGUCUGGGUGCCAGGUCCUUCUAGGGUUAACCCUUUUUUUUUAAUAAACAUAGCAGUUUCAGAGAAACUGCUAUGUUUAUGUUAGGGUUAAUCCAGCCUCCAGUGGCUGUCUCUUGACAGCCGCUAGAGGCGCUUGCGUGCUUCUCACUGUGAAAAUCGCAGUGAGACAACGCCAGCGUCCAUAGGAAAGCAUUGUGAAUGGACUGGCUGCGCGCGGAGCUCCUGCCGCGCAUGCGCAUUCAGCCAGAGAGGAGGAGGAGAGCUCCCUGCCCGGCGCUGGAGAAAGAGGAAAGUUUAACCCCUUCCUGCCCCCCAGAGCCCGGCGGGAGGGGCACCCUGAGGGUGGGGGCACCCUCAGGGCACUAUAGUGCCAGGAAAACGAGUAUGUUUUCCUGGCACUAUAGUGGUCCUUUAAUUAGAAAAUGUACAUUAACUGGAGAAAACUUUUUUUUUUUUAUAUAUAUACUACAAAUAUGGGUCACUUCUCAACCUCUGUUUAAAAUAAAGUGUAGGAGCCAUAUAGUGUGAAGUGCUGUUAAAGAUUGAGGGGCUACUGAGCCACCAGGUCUGGUUUUACAUACACAGACAUGGAAGUUGAGAGCAACACAGCCAUUUUCGAGGAUGUGUGUUACAAAACCCCUAUUUUGCCUUCCCAGGAGCUGUUCUCUUCCUCAGUUCGGGAAUCCAGUCUAAACUUUGUUUUAUGCCUUCCUCACAUUCAGUAUUAUAAAGUACCGAACACCGACCACCCCCUGGCUCAUUAAGUUAAAAAAAAAACGCAAGAAUUAAGUGCUCUCUCUGUGUGGCCAGCGUUAGUAUAACCGAACGCCACCUGGUGGAGUAAGCGGCAGCCUUCUUGGCGCACGAAAGCAGACAGCGGGACCUGGUCGUCGAGUGUCUGAAACUCCAAGAUGGACACUCGACUGCGCAAACACCAGUGAAACUACGCGAGCGCCUGCUUCCUUUUGCGGCAAGCCAGGAGAGCGCUGUUCGGUAGGUUUGUUCAUAUGGACCCCACGAACAAAUGCUACCAAUGAGCCAGGGGAACCGUUCUCCUUUUCGGUCAUUUUGGAACUCCCGAACAUGACCGACCGUUACCUCUAAGACAAUGGAACUAUUUUGGGCAGGCGCCUCGCGAGCGUUUGGUCAAAACUCGUUCAUGGGAUCUGAGCGCUUUUCGGAUAUGUUGGGAGCUCAGAUUCAGGCUAUUGGGGGAUGUAUGAACCAUGGGAGUUCCUCUAGCUGAAAUAUGUAUUUUUUUGUGUUUUUUGUUUUUUGUUUUUUUUUAUAAUUCGUCAUUUUAUGCUUAGUCAUGGUGACAUGGCAUUUUGGGGUGUCCCUUUAUUGAAUAAAAGCAGGCCAUUGAGCCUGGAUUAAGAGGAAUGUUUUGGGGAUUGAGAGCUAUAUUCAGUACUAUAAUCACUACGGCACUUGGGAGAUUCUUUGCAGAUGUACUUAGCAGGAGUAUUGGGAUCCAUUACUUAUUUUGUCUCCAAGUCCCUUUGCCUAGACUUUGCAUUUAGGUACAUUUAUCCCAGUGCUUGUGCCAGCAAUAUCUUUAUUUAUUCCAUGGUGCAAGAUGAGGAGAGGACUAUGAACCAAUGUUUUGUUUUUUUAUGCACAAGAUUGGCAUGGGACACCAGGUUGAGUCGAAAGCAGCAACCAUGAACAUGUUGCAUGUCUUGGGUUUCAAAAAAAUGUUUGGUUACAAGGAAGUAAAAGCAACUGGUGCUCUGUGAGAUGUUUCAGUGGCACACAUUGCCUAAAAUACAGCCGUCUCAGCUUGUUCCUAUACCUAACCAGCUGCAUAUCUUGACAGUUCAUGGUUUGUAUUAGAUAAUGUGGCCUUGCUUAUUAAGGAUGGCUGAAUAGAAUCCUUACAGUAAAGGAACACUGUAGUCACCCAGUCCACUACAUCUCAAUUAUAUGAUCUGGGUGUGGUGUCCCUGUCCCCUUAGCCCUGCAAUGUAAAUCAUGGCAGUUUAUGAGAAAUUGCAAUUUUUGCAUUGCAAGGUCAAGUCCAUCUGUAGUGGCUGCCAGUAUGACAGCCACUAGAGGCGCUUUUCCUGCUCUGACAACGUAAAACUCAUAUACAGGAGAAGCCCUAUAGGAAAGCAUUGAUUCAUUGCUUUCCUAUGGGAAAGUUUGAAUGUGCACACAGGGCUCACCAUGCAUGCUCAUUAGGUCCCCAAUGCUGCUCAAUGACUCAGCUGGCGCUGGGGAGAUGAACAGGAGUAAGGGAGCCUUGGUGCUGUAAAAAGAUAAAUAUUUUAAUUUUAAUUUUAUUUUUUGCACUGAGGGUGGGGGGAGUCUGACUACAACUAGCACCACAGCGUUAGAUAUACAGAAUUGAGCUGCAUGACAGUGUGGUAAAGGAGAUCUGCUGCAAUGUGUCCAAUGUGCUGUGCUUCAGAGACUGUGUUCUCAGACCUUCUAGUGAAAUCGCUCUUAGCAAAACAUUCACAACAGAAAGAUUGUCAAUUUACAGACCUGAUACACCAGAUAUCUAUUAUCUGCUUGUAUGAAAAAAAAAUGGCAACAAAUCCGCUCCACACUAGCAAAGCCACAAAAGAGGCAUGCGAGAUGUGGGUCUACUUUCUACUCAUUUUGAAAUAACAGAAUAGACAAACUCAUAAUACCGAGUUGCGCAUGGAACACAUCGAAUUAUUGAUCAAGAACAAACCACAGCAUCCAUUACUUCACUUGGACAGUAGAUUGAAAUAAAGGAAAAUAUACAAGCACAAGGUAACUCACAUUGGGUUCUUCAGAGCCACCCACAUGAACUUAGAGACCACGCCUCCUCCCCAACACCCCUUUCCUCUUCUUUCAGUACUACCCUGUAAUAAAUUUGCUUCUUCUGUGUCUUUUUUUUUCAGUUGAUUAAAAUAAGGUUUGUAUUUUUUAUAUAUAUAUAUAUAUAUAUAUAUAUAUAUAUAUAUAUAUAUAUAUCUCUAUCUCUAUCUUCUUGGGUAAAAGGCUCGUCGGUAAGUAUUUUUUUUUUUUUACAGGUACUUAGUCAUUGUUCCCCCCCCUCACUGUUUUUAGGGUGAGGGGGGUAGGUAGGAUUUAUAAAUAAAUUUUGGGAGGGGGGUAACAUUUUUAUUUAGGGCCCCCACCCGCCGCUUAGGGGUGGGGGCCGGGGGGGGAGGACUAUAGGUCCCCCCCCUUAUUUUACUUUAGGGCCCCCACCCACCGCUCAGGGGUGGGGGCCAGGGGGAGGACAAUAAGUAUCCCUCCCACCCCCCCCCCAUUAUUUUACUUUAGGGUCCCCACCCGCUGCUCAGUAGGUUCCCCCCCUCCGCUCAGUAGGUUCCCCCCCUCCCUUAUUCUUCUUUAGGGCCCCCAUCCGCCGCUCAGGGGUGGGGGCCGGGGUGGCAAUAGGUCCCCCCUUCAGUUUAAAAGCCCCCACUCGCGUGGCUCGGGAGGGGGGACACAGUUUGUUUUUGGGUUUUUUUUAACAGUGAGCAGCCACAAGCUGCUCAUUGUUUAAUAGACAUACCCCUACUCGCAGUAUAGUGAGAAGGGUCAGAAUUUACUAAUCCUAAGUAGUUUUUACUUUGUAUUCGUAGAUUGGUCUGAAAGACCUAAAUUGGGAAUUAGGGGGUUAUCUACUUAGCGGCUGCAAGAGAACAUCCGAAGUUCCGAAUUUCAGAAUGCCGAACCAAAUAUUUUCCCCAUGCAGAUCACUAGCUGAUAUACGUCUAUAUUAACCAAAAAUACUAAUCCGCAAUCUGACUUACGGUUUCUUCAGGUUUAUUCUUAGUUACGGAUACAUAACAAAACAACAAAGGAUGUUACAGGAUAAUGGAUGUUCAACAGCAGAUGGUAAUUGCUGGACUCCUGAAGGGAUCAUUAGACUCUACAUAGUUAGACAGCCGGACAAGAAGAACAAUCUCAUGCAGCAAGCAACAGCAAGACCUCGUGGGCCUUGUCCCCUAUUCUAUAUAGCUAUGACCAUUUUGACAUCAGACCUUUUAACUAUAACCCUAGCCAUAUAAGGACAAGACCACCAAUUACCACAUUCCAGAGUUCUCAUGGUACAGCAUAGGAAAGUACCAUCUGCUCUUUUUAAUCCAUUAGACAUCAAUGCCUACUAUGAAUAUGAAUAUUGUAGAACAUGGUAAUAUUCUACAUACCCACAUUUACACCGCUGUUUAACGUCACAGAUGGGAUUUUGUCUAAAUUGGUUACUGUGUCUAAAUACCAUCAAAUGUAUAUUUACUGUACAUAACCACAGCCCUCUGGGAAAUUGGUGAUUAUAAUUGAUGGUAAUGGCUGUCUGUGAUGCAAAAACUUCAAUAAAGUGUAUUCCUCAAUUGUAUUCCUAAUGCCAUAGUGUUCCUUUAAAUGGUUUAUCGAGUUUUUAUUGCAAUUUACAUGAAACCAUUGAAUAACAUUUUUAGCUAUGAAUAAUACUCACCACGAGGAGGUGGUAGAGAACCAUGUAUCUCACACAGUUCUAGAACUCAGUUUGCAGUCCACCAGCUACAAUGGUAAACUACAAACAUUCCUAUCCCCUAAAUCAUUCCUGCUUGGAGACGAUGAUUGUAAAGAUUGUAUAGUUUCUAUUUUUAUGUUUAAUGCGAUGCCGAACUUUGCAUAUUUGUAUGUUUUUUGUAGACGCGCCUCUUUUAAAUCCAGCUAUUUCCCCUCUGGCCUGGAUGCUGGGAACCUGGGUGUCUGAACCAGCUGGGAAAGGAGAGUUUCCAACCAUUACCCCAUUCAACUACAAGGAGGAAGCGGUCAUCUCUCAUGCAGGACAACCGAUGCUGAAUUUCACGUGAGUGAAAAGUAGACUCAAGCUUUAGCUUUAACAUUAAUAGAUGAUCUCUGCAUUAAAUGUAUAUCAGAAACUAGAUUACAAAGCUGUUUCUUAUUUCUGUAAAGUAGACUGCAGAAAACAACAUUUUAAUAUCAAUGCCAAGAACAAGAUUACAACCACAUGUUCAUGGAGAACGGCCUGGGAUUCUGGUGGUUUAAAGCAAUGUUUAGCCCUCAUAUAACACCACAAUAAAUUGACUUGCUUGAUGCAUGCUGACAUUUUCCUGAUAUUUAUUUAACCACUCAUUUUAUUUUCGUGCAAAACUCUGCAUUUUUAUCUUCUGUUUUACCCAUAAUACACAGUGUAAUAGGUGCAGUGCAAUAAGUGCAUUUAAUGUCAUGUUUGCAGGAUUUGUUCGUCUAACCCUGAUACCGGGAAAGCAUUACAUAGAGAAUGUGGGUUCAUCCGAAUCAACCCUGGCACCAAUCAAGUGGCAUUUAUUUGUGCUCAGAAUAUAGGUAACCAAAGUUGUACUUUUUAUAUUCAGAGCCAGUCUUGAAGCAGCUAAGUAUUCUGUUCCUGAGUACACUGGUAUCAGGGAUUUUUUUAGGCUGUGAUAUAGGAUAUUCUGUGUUCUAUUCGGAAUCAAAGAAGAGGGAUUGUUUACAUCAGACAUCUGUUUAUCUAUCUGUAUUUAUAGAGCAAAAAUAUCCUUGAGUAAAGUGACAGAUAAUACAUGUUAACAGAGGACACUCUUGCAGUUUUUUUUGUUUGUUUUUUUAAAAUUCUUAAUUUUGUUUGUGCGUUGACAUAGAAAUAAGUAACAAUCCAUCAGUUGACAUUUUGGUACAGCGUUCAAGUUGGUUCACGGUGAUCGGGGGGAGGGUGGGGCGCGUAGUCCAGUUGAUUGGGUGCAGGGGUUGCAGGUUCUUGCCAUGUUCUGGGGAUUUAGGGGGGUAAGCGGGUGGUUUAUUCUGGGUGGGGGCGUUGGGGGGGGUGUUGCCAGUUGUGAUGGGGUCUUAUGACUUACUUAGUCUUGGAUGCUUUCGUUACUAGUGGCACUUACUUGGUCCCUUUGCUGUAGUGUGGUGUGGGCUAGGGUAGGGGGGAGAGGGCAAGAGGAGAGAGAGGAUAAUAGAGAAAAAAAAUAACAAAAAAACAGUAGAACACCCCUUUGGGAGGGGGUAGAGCACUCUUGCAGUUUUUAGUACACGUAGGGGUUAAAAUAACAUUACAGAAAACAAUCUACCACUUUUUAGAUAACAGUAUGUAGGUUCACCUUUGCUGUUAUAAAAAUAUUAUAAAAAUGAGGAGUGACAGUGCCAUUGUUAGAAUAGCUUUUGUUUGUCCUCAGGUGUUGUGGAGAUUGAGGAAGGGGAAGUGGAGGGAGAGCAGCUAACACUGACGUCACGCUCGCUCAGCAGGAUGAGUUUUGCCAAGGAACCUCAUGUCCAGCAGGUAAGAAAAGGGGAAACAAUAUCAUAUUCAGUAAACCCAAAACAGGUGCUUCUCAUUCAACGUGUUAUGUGUCAUGCAGUGCUCUACAGGUCUCUCCAAAUUCUCAGCUAGUAAUAUUUAUUAGCAAUAAUAACAAUUGAGCAGAAUAUGCAGGUCCCAAAGAGAAGGUCCUUUACAUUAUCAUCGACAUUAAAUCUAAUCUGACAAUUUACUGCUCGGCCUUCUGAUGUAUCCAACACCCUCUGCAGACAAGGUAUAUAUCCAUGCUGUAUUAACUUAUGUUUUGUGUCAUCUGCAAAGACUCACACUUGACUUUUUUUUUUAUUGAUUUAUUUUUCCUUUUCAAUACAUUUUUUUUUUAAUUAAACAUUUCAUUACACAAUACAUACAAAUUAAGGCAAACAGCACAGUAAAACGAAUUCUUGCAUAUUAUAAUAAUGAUACUUUUAUGGCAGCCAUAACUAUGGGCUCACGGAUUUGCAUGUAAAAGAAGUUAUCUGAGUUGAGAGGACAAAGUCAAACCUUAUUUUAAUGCCUGACCUGAAGAAGUGCCAAUUAUUUUAGUAGAGUGAUAUUCUAAGCCUGCAUACUGCGCUUAAAUACAUAUGUUUGCUUUUUGGACACCUUCUAUAUCAAAGUGACCCUUAGAGUAUUUGAUUGGAAGUAAUAUGUCAGCUAUUUGCUCAUUUAGUGUUGAAUUAUUGGUCUAUAUUAAUCCCACACACUAACUCAAUAGAGGUUGGGAGGUUUUAUCAGUGCUUCAUAAAUUACCUUUGUUACAGUAAAACAAGGUGCAUUAUUUGUCAACUGAUUUUACCCCCCCUUACCCACCUCAUUUUACCCAAGUUAAAGUAGACAUUGGUUAACAUAGUUAUUUGAUAGCUCCUUAAUGUCUUGCUUAGAGUCUUUGCCGUCCCAUCAGAUCUCAAGGACAUCAACACUAAUUGAAGUCUGUGAUCAUGGUUUAUGAAUGCAUAUAUUAAUGUGGUUCGUGACACUAUUUUAUUCAUUUUAUUUAUUUUAUGUGUCCAAAUCUACAGAUUUGCCGCAAGUUCUGUCUGACUGCUGAAGGGAAGCUAGAGCAGACUGUUUCCAUGGCAACAAGUACACAAUCUUUGGCUCCUCACCUACAUGUUACAUACAGAAAGCUGUCCUCAUGAAUGGUCUGGUCCAAGAUUCUUAAACAAUUCCUGUACUAGUCACAUAGCCUUAAAUUCACUGGAGGCCGAGCUCUUGUGUGUCUGCGUGUUAUAAUAAAAUUACUUAUUUUUCCAGGAAUUUGCAUACCAGGGGUAUGAUUUACUAAUCCAGUUGUUAAGCUCCUUAUUCAUAGGAUGUACUUAGAACAUUGUAGAAGUCGUGCCUGUAAAGCUUUCAGUAGACAUCUAUGCAUGGAGUUAUAUGCUGUGGUUGUUAAUCUUUUCCCUGUCCUUGCCUUUCUUGCAGUAGCCUACCUAUAGGACUAGAGCAAUGUUACAUCAUUCCCUACAUGAGGCCACCUUCCUGUUCUCUACACGUUGUUGAUUAAGACCAUUAAGAAUGAUAUACAGUUUCCUAUGGCAAACAGGGGUGUGUAAAUCAUGAUUAUAAAGCUGUGGUCACAGAUUUUUGUGGACUAUAACUCCCAUAAUCUUCUGUAAGGCUGGCAGACAAUCAUAGGUAUUGGAGACCCAGAAAUCCCAGCAGUGACUGUAGUUCAACACUGCUGUAGUGACCUCUCCUCAACAACUCCUCAUUGGGACAAGUGUGAACCUAUUUAAAAGAAAACUUAACUUAACUUCUAUAUAAAAUGUAACAUGUAAUAUUUCAGAUCUCAAUGUGGCCCUUCAUUUUGUGUGGCUAAAAUGCAAUUUACUCUCAUUUAGCAUUCUCUCUAAUUUUAUAAGGAAUGACAAUAAUUAUGACGAAAUAAAAUCCUUGCCCUACUGAAUAAAACCGAAUUAUUCUACUGCUUCCCCACUCAACAAAAAUAAACUUACCCGUGGCUUAUUUAAUCAAAAGUUAGGGAGCUCCAGAAAUAAUAAUAGGUUUGAUAGGUUCUGGAUUCAGUAUGUUUCACAACUGACUGAGAGCCAUAAGAAAUCUUUCCACUGUUCUAGAGAUCUUCAAAACAUUUCCAUAACAAAUCAAAAGCUGCUUAAUGUUUUUCCAAACCCACACUCUGGACCACCAGGGAUGAAGAUGUCUUCAGAUGACCUUCUGCACAUGCCAGAAGUUUAUUAAAUGCAAUAAUUUUUUUUCUCAUCAAGAGACCGUAAUACAGGAAUAAUAUCCAGAGAUAAUUAAACAACAGUUAUCAUAUAACAGUACAUGACUUCCCAUGGUAUCUGGUAUUAAACAUCUUAUACGAUAACAAGAACAGUGUAUGUAGCAAAUGUAUUACAGGAAAGAAAUUUGUGUAGUCAGAUUUAUCACGGUAAUAAAUGUGUGUUGCAAUGAUGAAAUUACAUAGCAAAUUGGGUUAAAGUUUGUAAUUAUCUGUAAGUAAGCCAAGAUAUCAGUAUUGCUAUAUAAAUAUUAUCUCCAAGGAGGCAUAACCAAUUCCCUCCUGUACCCUUAUUUUUUUCACUAUUGUCCUCCCACUCCUUGAUGAAAGACCGUGUCCAGUGAAAUGGAACAAGAAUGUGAUCAAACACCUCAUCAUUGAGUUUUGUUAAUGUGACAUUGAGCUUGAAGCUAUGAGACAAGAAUGAAAUUUGAGAUGCUUCAAAACCAUAGUAAGAGCUUUAUAUUGGGUGCCAGUACACUGCUGUGUUCCAGUCCACAGAUGUUAUGUUUCCAAAUCAGAG